CAGCGAAAAAAAAUCUACUACAGAAGACGUACGAAAAAAAACGACAGAAAAUCAUCCGCUCGCACGCACGAGCGACUCCCCUCCAGAGUGGCCUCGAGCGAAGCCUCCAGAUCGCUUCGCCGCCGCCCUCGCACUCCCAUCAGGCGACUCGCAAUCCAGUCCUUCGUCACAGCCCUCGCGCUCGCAUCAAGGAUCGAGGCCUCCAAUGGCCGCCGCGGAUCCCUUCGACGGCGCCGAACCCCUUGAGGAGCCGUUCGCCGAUCCCCUUCAGGAGCCGGCGCUGAUCCAGGCCGCCGCCACCUAUGCAGAACCGGCAGGGUGCUAGGAACCACCGACAAAGAGCAGACUCAUCCUCGUGGCCAGGGUCUCCGCGGUCCGCAUCGGCGUCGGUGUCGUCUACAGCUCCAUCAGGCUCGACAUCCUCAAGGCUUGCUCAGAGGAUAGUGCAAGGAGAUGUCCCACAAGCACUGACAAAUUGUCGACUAAUUACCAAUUGACAUGGGUGCUUUGAUUGCCGGUGCAAAAUAUCGAGGAAAAUUUGAGGAUAGGCUUAAAUAAGACGCAGAUUCUGAUGGACAGGUCAUUCUCUUCAUUGAGGAGAUUCACACUGUUGUUGGAGCAGCUAACAAGAUACAUGAAUCGUUAUUGCUUUGACUCAUGAAAUCAUGAGAUAUUUUUUCCUUAUUUCUUACACUAACUUCCUACAUGUUUUAUUUGAUAAUGACAUUUACCUCUUUUUCCUUAAAGAUGGCAUGCAUAGGCUAAAAAUUGAGGAUUAGACUGAUCUAUUUACUCAAUAAGUUUUACCAAACAUGUGAUGGUUGUGCUGGGGCUACUGUUUUUGUUCAGCAUAAAAAAAGGGCUGCUUGGCUGCACCAGUUCCAUGUAGCUAAUAAACUGUGGGACAACAUUUUUUCGGAAUCUCCAGCAUUUGAUUCAUUUUGGGUGCUGUAUGUGAAAUAGUAAGAUUUAUGGAUACUGGGAUGCAUCAACGCAAUUUUACAGCCUUAGUCUAUAAUCUGGUUGAUGAUUGUUACAUAGAUAAACUCCUGAUUCUUCCAUACAACAAAACAGUUCGUCAGUUGUUUUACUCAUGUAUUCUCACAUAAUAUUUUUUUGCUGAGUUAGAAAAAUAAUGCAUAACAUGUUGAUUACAAUACUGUGCCAGCUUGUCAGAGAUGGCAAAGCUGUUCUAUGCAGGGUACGCCUCCGAGCUAGCCGAUGCCUACUGUAUCCAGUGUUCUGUUGCAUCCGGUGCGACCUCAAAGAAUACCUUCUUCUACCUGGGCGUUGAGCGCCUCAGGGUUUGCGAGGUGCAGCGCCUGGGGUGGAAGCAGUUCAACUACACGAUGAUGAAGUGAGUGAAGGGGUUAAGACGGUUGCGUUGUGCGUGCGCUUGCUUGCUGUUUUGCAGAGAAGUUCAGUUGCCUUGCGUAUGGCUUUACCAACAGUUCUUUUGUGCAGUUGACAUAAUGGGAAGAAGCUAUUUGGGCUGAAUCAGACGAGGUGCUGGAGCAGAUUGGGAAGGGCUCCUUUGGCUCUGCGCUCCUGGUGAGGCACAAGGUUGAGAGGAAGAGGUAUGUCUUGAAGAAGAUCCGGCCUGCCUGUCAGACCGUCAGGUGCCGGCGAUCCGCGCACCAAGAGCAUUUUGUUCAUGCAGAUCGAGCUCAUCGCAAAAGAAAGGAGCCCUUACAUCAUGGAAUACAAAGAUUCUUGGGUGGAGAAGGGGUGCUAUGUGUGCAUCAUGAUUGGUUACUGCAGGGGAGGGGACAUGCUAGAGGCCAUUAAGAAGGCUAACGGCAACCAUUUCUCGGAGGAGGUGCUCAACUACUUUAAACUCUGUGUGUGGCUUGUGCAGCUCCUGAUGGCGCUUGAUUACUUGCAUGCCAAUCAUAUACUUCAUCGAGAUGUCAAGUGUUCAAAUAUAUUUCUUACAAAGGACCAAAAUAUACAGAUCGGUGAUUUUGGGCUGGCUAAAGUGUUUACUUCUGAUGAUUUAGCUUUGUCGGUUGUAGGAACUCCCAGUUACAUGUGCCCUGAACUUGUUCCUGACAUUCCAUAUGGCUCCAAGUCCGACGUGUGGUCGUUAGGCAAGUAUUCCUAUCUAAUAUUCAGUCACAUGUCUUGCUCUGAAUGUCGCAUUAUUCUCUUGUCUAAACAUCUGCAAUUUUCAGGAUGCUGCAUCUAUGAGAUGACUGCGCUGAAGCAUGCGUUCAGUGCAUUUGAUAUGCAGACACUGAUAAACAAGAUUAACAAGUCUGUUGUCGCCCCUCUACCGACUAUAUAUUCUGGCGCAUUUAGGGGACUCAUCAAAAGCAUGCUGCGCAGAAAUCCAGAUCACAGACCGAUGUAGAUCUGCUAAACUAUCCGCAUCUUCAGCCCUAUGUGUUGGAAAUCCAAUCGAAAAGUCCGGCUUGCAAUAUGUUCCCAGCUAUACUUCCUAACAGACAUGAAAAAAAACAAGACUGUGUGUUCUGAUGAUAAA